CGCACAAGCAGUCGGAAGGACGACAAUGACGCGACGGCGAGAGGACACAGACACUGUACCAUGAAGAACGGAAGCAACGCUUUGGCGAGGGCAAAGCGCAGGCAAUGGCAGACACGGGUUGAUUCAGAACGCAAGGACAGGGUGUCCUGUCUCCGGAAGCUGGACAUCGACUGGGAUGAUGAGCGGACGGGAGGACGGGGCUGAGGUGGACAUCGACUGGGAUGAAGAGCAGAAACCCAGAAGCCCACGCUCGAAAACACGUGGCGCGACUGCGAGGCAGCGAAGGCGAUGGCCGAUGUCGCGGAGGUCACGUCGCGUUCGAAUGCGCUCGUGGGCGGGAGAUGCGAAUGGGCUGCACCAAACCCGAGACACAAUGUCUACGUCAAGAGGCGAGGGGCAGCCUACGGGGACCUCGGGGAGGGAGUCGACAAACGCAAAAUCGUGGUCGAAUCAUGCGCACACGAAGUGGUUCGUCGAUAGGUGCUUCGCCGAAGAUGACGAGCCCAUGAAACCGCCUUGCGGUCCUGUCAUAUUGGUGGAAGAUAGAAAAGGACGAAGAGUGCUCGGCUCGGUCAAGGGAUGGCAGCCAUCGAAAAACCACGACAAGCAGUGUUACCUGAUGCAUGUCGUUUACAAUUCGAAGGGCGACAUUCUGGCAGGUGCGAAAGGGGCGAUUCUCUCGUGGGAUCUGUUCCAGGGGUUCGGUGGGGGGGCUUUGAGGACCCCUUUCUACACUGAAGUCGCGGAGGGAGGUCUUAUUUCGGCCAGGGAGUCUUACGAGCUGCCGAUACUAAAGCUCACGCCUCUCGGGCUGGUUAAACCGACGCCCGAGGUGCGGGCGGAUCGUCUGAAGCCGGAGGACUGGAAGGACGAGCUGGCAGGGCAAUACUACUACUACGAUGUGGCGGGCCAGCAUAACGCGGCUGCGGCCAGGGCGCUGCUUGGCACCGAUGUGGCGGUGAGGUACAACUUCGAGCGCUUGCCUGCACGAAUGGUGUACUUCUCGGACAAUGACUUUGAGGGGUACUUUCUGGUCAGCGCCGAGGACAACAAGAAAGACCUGAAGGCCCCUCCGAGACAGCUGAAACUCUUCAUGAGAGACAUUCGGUGGUGUUGGAAGGAAUUGGGUUACCCGAAAGUUGUUAUGGGUAACCCCAACGGAAAACACGCGCAGGUGGAGGCAUGGCGAAGAUUUUGUGCGGAGGCGCUCCACAAGACGCCGUACAAUCACUUGUGGACUCUCGCCGAUGACAAGACCGAGCAAGGAAUCAAGAAACAGAACGCUGCCCUUCGAUCCUAUUUCUCGCAUGCGAUAGCAGGGAAAAGCGCAUGGGAAACCGGGAUGGAAUUUUUCGAGAGAUGGGAAACGGGCAGACUGCUGGCAUCGGAAGGAGCGAAGUGGAUCGCGAAGAAGAAGAAGCUGCAGGGCCUCAAGCCAGGGUCCUCCGCGUUGGCGAAGCAAGGGAAGCUGGGGAUGCACGAGGCAGUGCAACUGGUGAAGUGCGAUCGCAUAUUGGUGUGGUUGUGGAACUACUACCAGUUCAAGCAUGAGAACCGGCCAGACAGUGACUGGACCACUAAGUACCCCUUCCUGAAAAAACGAGAGGCGAUUUUGGCAAAGUUUGAAGGGCAGGGGCUAGAUGCAGCGUUGUGGGACAGGAGCAGGAAACUUGUCAGCGACUCCUCCUUGUUCAAGGACUGUCCGCCCUACAUGGGUUGCGAGGACGACAAGUCGAUCAAGGCGACAGAAGAGCUAGUCCAAAACAAGAAGUUGCCCAUCGACUUGAAGAACAAGGUCCUCUUCGUGUUGACCGGCAGCAGGUCGAAAAGCACGGAAGUCGCGCUGGCCGAAGGGAUGGUGCACAUUCUGUGGAACAACUCAAAGGACGUCACAUCUAUUGCCCCGUUCGGCGUUGACCCUCUGGAUGCGCAGAUGAAGGUCGUGGAGUUGGAGAGGGCAGUCGGAAUCACGAAAUGCCACACAAGCGUUCUCGACUUGUGCGAACCGGUGGAUAUCAAACAGUGGACAGCUAAAGUCUUCGAGAGUUUGAAUGCCCUCCUGGAGCACUUGUUCCCCUCACACUGGACAGUAGUCGCGUUCGUCCCCCGUGAGCACGACUACUACUUCAUGACCAGCCUGCACCAUCUGUCCGUCAUGAAGGCAAUGGCUGGGAAGUGGGUGAGGAGGACGCAGCAGAAGAAAAGUUUCGGUGUCGGCCACAACUUGUACUCCUUGGACGACCGCAUGUACAUCCUUUUGAAAGGCGACGACUUGCGGGAGAACACAUCUGUUGUCUACGACGCGAGGUUGGCGGCAGGUGAUGCUGCCGCAGUGGGGGCACUUCAGAAAGUGACUCCCACUGAGAUAUCCGACAUGCUGUUCGACGCUUGUGAACGGCCCGUUGUGAUACAUGGGCGUGAUCCCGUGGUGUACAAGGGCCAUGAGCGGAAACCCAAACAAUUCGCCCGUCUGCUGGAAUUCCUUUGCAAAAAGGGGGACAACAUCAUGUUCCUCGGGAAAGCGCACGCACAAGUCGUGUGGGAGGUUUUGAAGGGUGGUCGCAACAUCAUCGCGUUGGAGGGGAAUUCGGAGUGGUUGCAAUUCAUGUUGGAUUUCCUGAAAACCGCGGUCAACUCGGGAGCAUACCGCUGCGAGUUCAUUACAAAGAGUGAGAAGCCGAGACGCGUUUGGGAUCCUUCAACGGACAUGUGGUUCAAGCUAAGCGCCCGGAAAAGGAGCAGGAUCUACGAGUUCCUCUUCUUGGAGAAGCGGCCUGCGAGGGGCACCGUCAUCGAGUACACGCGCCGCAAGGAACACAUGUUGGCGCUGCUAGACAACUAUCACGGCGCCACGCGCCUGAACACGAAGAACUUCCUGGACCGACUGGAGUUAUUUUACUUUGUCGAAUCCGAGCCGGUCGUGAGGCUCGAGAGUUACUGUGCCUUGAUCGACGCCGACGAAGAGUACCUCACCGGUGUUGUCUGCGACACCGGUGCACCUGAGGAGGAUAGCGACACCGAGGAAAUUGACAUCGACUACCGCCUUGCUCCAGUGCUCCCAUCCCCGGCCUCCUCGUGGGCGAGUCCCUCAACAAACUGGCCCGCACAAGCGACGCCCGUGCGGAGGACCCCUAGUAAGCUGUUGGCGAGAUUGACACCUCAGCCUGCUGCGCCUCCUCCUCUGCGUCCAGGGUGUCAAGUCCCCCUGCAGCAUCCUUCUCGGAAGGAUGAGAACAUCCACUUUGAAGGGCACGACCACACGCGUUCCACGGAGGCAGACUGGGGUCAUGACAUGAUUUGGCACCUAGGGACAAUCCAGCCCGCAAUUCGGAAGGGGGAGUGGGUCAUGGCCAUAGUCGACACUGACGGGGAAUGGAAGCCGUCCGAGCGCCUGGCCAAGUCCGACUACUUGGAUAUCGCGAGGAGUGCUGUGGUGGACAAAGUGACGUCAGAGAACAGCAACCUGCAGCCCGCCGACCCGGCCAUCAUUGCCACUGCUGAUCGCUUGUUUCGGGAACUUCAUGGCGAGCAGUGGUUGGAACUAUCUGACGAUUUCUACGACCUCGAGACGAGCCCUUCGAAGAAAAAGGUGAACUGGAAAGUACCCCCGUCGAGAGGGACCCAGGGUAGUGUGGGAGGAGGACCUCCGAGCCCCCCCGGGGCCGGAGAGGGGGGAGGCAUAGGCCACGAGGAAGGAGGUGGCGGAGGUAGUGGCCAUACGACAUCAAGGGGAAGCGCGCCGGCAUCAUCGCCUGCCCCUGGCGGUCAGGGCAGGAUCGCGCACAGCGGCGUGGGGGAAGGGGGGCUGAACGUCACACACUCCCCAACAGCAGGGAGCGGCAAGUCGGGGAAGUUCGCCCGCAUCCGAACUUCGCAGACGGAGGACCCAGUGCCCGUGGAGGCAGCAAAGUCGGCCGGCAUCCGCACUUUGACGACUCUGGAGCAGGCGGCCCUUCCCUCGUGGACUGCUUUCGGCUCCUCCGGUGAAGUGGGGCGGGGCUCAUGUGCAGGGGAUCCUGUCUCCGCCGUGAAGGGCAAGUCCGCUGGCAUCACUACUAGGGCGGACGACGUUCAGGCGAGUGUACCGGUCCAGUGGAGCUCUACAGGAGCACAGGUGUCGGAGAUGGGCGCCGCCCUGGCUGUGCGGGAGGCGACGCCGCCGGCCCUUCGACAAGGCCGAUCUGCGGAGUCACAGAGAGAGAUUGCUGGUGCAGCGCCGUCCGCCUUCCUUGCGACGAAGUCCGCCGGGACGGUGGAAGGUGCUACGUCUGUUCAUACAGACGACCGCUCCUUGGGAUCCGCCUUGAUGCGGCUGCAAGGAGCCGAGUCGAGUGAGAUUGACGGGUGGGAAGAAUGGGUGGAAGUCGAGGGCGGGGAAGAAGGGGAAGACGGUGAAGAAGGGGAAGACGGGGAAGAAGGGGAAGACGAGGAAAGGGUGGAUGCCGGAGACGAGGAUGUCUGUGGGGAGACAUCUGAUUCGUUCGGUCUGAUGUACGCCAGACCAGGUGAAGGUGAUAUCGACGAUGACGCGACGGCAAUGGAGAUGGAGACGCAGGUGGUUAGUGGCCUUUCCAUGGACCAUGAAGAAUAUGACGCCCACCACCUGGCCACGGCGGUGCAUCCCCCCGACGGGUGCGACAGGGCUAUCAUGGCAGUGAGCCCGGCGAAAACGACUCGCCCUCGGGCCACAGCACCUGCAGCCUGGGGGGGGCAUUUCGCUACGGCGAUUGCGCCUCAAGUCUCGCGGGUUAUGGACGAUGUUUCUCGCAGCGUGGUGCCUCCUCAUCAUGUCCUCUCUUCCUUUGCGGAUGAUCAAUUCAGAAUCACGGCGAAAGAUGUGUUCACCGUUUUGCAAGCCAAUGGCAAGAUCAACGAUGAGGUGGUGAAUUUCUACAUGGCCCUUUUGGGGUCGACGACAUCCGCGACACGUGCACGACCAUCAGGCCUUCGAAGCUUCAGCUUCAAUUCUUUCUUCUUCAGUAUGCUGCAACUUCGAGGACACACUGGGGUGGAGAGGUAGGCUAAAAACGUUGAUCUGCAUCAGUUCG